AUGCAAUGUACAAGCUCUCCAAAUGCUUCCGACGUUCUAAUUACUGCAGCUAACCUUUAUGUUGAACGAACGGAACCCCUUCUCAUCCCAGCACAUCAUUGUUUCAACAAAACUAGGAGAAUAUGUGCAUCUUCUUACCUGCAUAUUUCUUUCUCAGUCGAUAGUGAUGAGGAAUUCAUGACACCAGUAGAACCUUCCAUCUGUAAAUCUAUAACCGAAACCAAAAAAUACAUGGGAGUUCCUCUUGAACCACUAUCCCAAAUGUGUAUGGAUCAGAAAAUCAGAUCCACUACUCCUACCCAUGGAGAUAUCGCAACAUUUGAUGGCACCCACCUUUUGGGACAAUUCGGUAAUAUGGCGCAUUGCAAUAUAGGGAAAAAUCAAUGCAUUCUUUCCCAUGGUACAGUACUUUGGGAACGACCACUUACCAACCAUCCCUUUUGUCGUUACGUUAAAGCUACUGAGGGUGUUGCGUAUGUUACACCAACGCACAUAGUAUUACAUAACAUCCAAUCUGCUUUUACAUAUAAAAAUGUAACACUCUCACCAUCCCAAAAGAAUACCUGGUGUCUAAGUAAGCACGCAAUCCCUAUGGAUAAUGGCGUAUUUAUCACAUUACCAGAACUAGGAGACCAUAAUCCUAGAACUGUAUUCACGGAACAUCCGGAUGUGGUAGUAAGCAUCAAUCAGCAGCACUUCCAUAAUUCUCAACUUAUACAUUUCAUGGAUUCUAUAACCCAAUCUUCUCGCAUGUAUCGAGACACGGAGGAAACCACUAAGGAAGAAACACCAAAUCCCAUUUCCCUCUCGAAAAAGAGCCACAGGAAACCUUUGCCUAGGGAAUCACCCUUGGAAGUUAAGGAGGACACUUUGAAUAGAAUACAACCGAAUGUUUCGGCACAAAUAGCUCACCACAUCGCGAUUAACUCAGAACCAGACUUUACAGUCAUGAACAAUGACGCGUCCCUUAGCCACGAACAGCGCCAGGAUAAUCGGCACGCAGAACUUAAUACCAAAAUGCAGUUCCUUAAGUUCAAAAUGGAAGAUAUGAUACAACAAGACUUCCAUUUCCUGUUAGAUCGCGUUUGCUCUCUUAUGAACUUCAAAAUCCAAGCGAUUAAAAGCAUAGCUCAACUCAACCCAACUAGCGCCGCUCGCAUGCUCCUAAAUCGCGAAGAUAUUUUCGCCUUAGCAGCGGGUGAUGUUCUUAUGAUUUCGAGGUGCAAAGAAAUUGUAAUAGACGAAAUCAUCUUCGAUCAUAAUGUGGAAGGAACAUGCUAUGUCUUUACACCUGUUCGCUCAGGAAAAACCUUUUAUUUUAUUCAACCUGGAACACGUGACCUGAUCACGACUAGUCCAACAGCCGACUGUGGCCACCUACCUUUUGCUAUCUACAAUGACGGCACUAAUCACUAUAAAUCCCCAGCAGGAUAUACUCAAGUAACAAAUAUUCACAUGAAUCUGCCCAGUGGAUUAAUAAGCCAAGACUUCGUCUUUAAUGCGCCACCAAUCUUUCAUUCUGAUUUGGCUAGAAUUUCCACGGAUAUCUAUCUCAUCAAAAAUCGCCUAAAUGCUGCCGAAGAACGGUCUUCUCCAAAGGCUAGACAAUAUCCAAGCGAAGCAGAACUAACCUCCGAAAACGCAGAGCACGAAAUAUCUAAUUCAGCGAAAUUUCUGGAUUCUAACGCCGCAAGCAUACUACAAAUGCAAAAAUCAACAGUACUUGAAUCUUUAGGAUUACAUAGAUUGGUUAAGACAAUCGUUCUUCUAUCUAUAGGUCUUAUAAUCUUUAUCAUUAUUGUUAUUUUAUAUUGUCAGUCCGCAUUAAUCAGAACGGCAUUGAAUACUGUCUUUCGUACCAUUGGCGUCUCCAUUUCAUUCAUUUUCGCCACGCUCUGUAAAAAGGAACGACCCACACCACCAGAUACACCGCUGAUUAACAAUCGUCCCACGGUAACGGCACGAAGACAACGACGUAGCUCAAACAGUCGUUCGAUAGAUACAGAUCCCAUGCGCGUUUCAGUUCACUUCCCUUCCAAUAUGGAUUCUCUCAACCCGAAGCAAGGCCAAGACCAAAACCAUCGCAACCUAAACCCUUUCCUCAACUAUAUUCCUAACAUUGCGUGCAUUCAUACUCAAACUACAAGCUCGAUGAUUUACGUGCCAACAAAACUCAAUCAAUCCGCGGUAGUAGCACUUUUCGAUACAGGAUCCGCUCUUACGAUAAUUUCUGAAAGUAUAGCGCGAAAAAUUAACGCUUCUUUCUCUCCGUCAUCAAUCAAACAAGGCGAAACAAAACCAUGCAAAUUACGUGCUACAUUGCCUCAGACGCAAAUUGUUCUUCUCCGUUCAUCCUUAGGAAACGACGUCAUCUCUCAAUUUGCACAAAAUUUAUCUAUCAAUUACAAAUAUAACACGAUUUCGUUUGACUCCAUAUCGAUCCCAUUCGUUUCCAUUGACAAAAAUCCUGCUAAUUUUCGUCAAUUUCCUGUUUAUCUCAUCAACGAAAUUCACCUACAACCUUUUUCGGAUCAUGUAACAUUAGGUACAACAUAUACUUCAUUUCCACAACAUUGGGAACUUUUUACCGCAGAUAACCUCAACAACAAUUUACCACUUGGUAUUCAAGUAGGAAAAACCCUUUCUUGCCCUAAAAUAGACGGCAAUGUUGUUGUACGUGUUUUCAAUUCCAGCCCUAAUGCUAUCCAUCUGCAGAAAAACACGCAGAUAGCCACAGCUUUCUUUGUGGGUAUUAACAUGAUGUGGAAACCUAUAUUUUCCAUCAAUUCCACCAACAAUAUCACUCCCCCAUGUAAUGUCUCACGUGAGGCUUCCGAAUAUAUUCCUUCUGAAGCUGACUAUGCUCGAGAUUUACCUCACUUUCCAAAUAAUGUUUCAGCUUCACUUUUGAAUCGUAUAACUCUUAACAAAACUAUUCUAAACUCCAAACAACUCCACAAUUUUGAAAAAUUACUCAACAAGUAUCAAAACAGUUUCGUAAAUAACGAUGGAAAUCUAGGUCGCUACAAAGGACCUAUUACUCAUAGUAUCCAUUUCACACCACAUUCAAAAACGCCUAAGCAAAGACCUUAUCGCGUCCCAUUAGAGAAACGUCAAGAAAUUGAACGUCAAAUCAAAGAAAUGCUACGGAUUAACAUCAUAGAACCUAGCACUAGCAAAUUUGCAUCUCCAAUAGUCUUAGUAAAAAAAGGUCCAAAUAAGGACCAAUGGCGUUUUACAGUUGACUACCGUCAAAUUAAUGCCAUAACUGAGACCGAGAACCUAUUGUAUACCGCAUAUGCAAGAUAUUUUAGAUCUUGUCAGCGGCAAAGAAAUCUACAC